CGACAACACAUGUCUAUACCAUCUCCAGGAAAAGUAUAACAGGAAUCAUAUUUAUGUUGUGUCUUUUAUUAGGAUUAUUGUCGACUGUACAGGCCAAUACUCAAGGUUGUAAAAAUCACUGUGUACACGGCUGCGACAAGCCAUGCCUAGGGAGAUGUGCGGCUGGAUGGAAAGGAGUUGAAUGCGAUAAACAAUGUGAGAGAUUUUACUAUGGUAUCAACUGCGUUCAUUCGUGUGGGCACUGUCGAAACGACGCUACCUGUGACCCAGUGAGUGGGGAGUGUAUGGACGGGUGUGUACCGGGCUGGACGGGGCAGUUCUGUAACAGAUCAUGCGAGCCGUUUAGGUACGGUCUGGACUGUUCCGCGGCAUGUGGUCACUGCCGCCUCGACAAGGCCUGUAACACUGUGUCUGGGAAGUGUAGCGCUGGAUGUACGCAAGGUUGGACUGGGGAAAGGUGCGAUUCGGAAUGUCAAAACGGUUGGUAUGGACUGGAUUGUGCAAUUAAAUGUGGCCAUUGCGCAGACAACAUUCCAUGUGAUCACGUGACCGGCUCGUGCAGGAAUGGAUGUGCAGCUGGCUGGUCAGGGGAGAAUUGCAUUCAUAGAUGCACACGCGGGUAUUUUGGUAAAGGCUGUCUUAGGAAAUGUGGUAAUUGUAGAAAUGGAACAUGUGAUCACGAGACAGGCAGGUGUCUGUACGGAUGUGCUACCGGCUGGCAAGAACCGACAUGUCAAGAAAAGUGUCGACCGGGAACUUUCGGUGAGAAUUGCAGCAUGGUGUGUGGUCAGUGUUAUAAGAACACGACAUGUGACAGCCGAGGAAUCUGUACAGAGGGAUGCCGACCAGGUUGGAGAGGGCGGAGGUGUGAAGUUAGUUGUGAAAAAGGUUACUAUGGUCAUGGGUGUACAUACAAGUGUGGAAUGUGUGGUGGUGAUGCAUCUUGUAAUCUAACGACGGGUGAAUGUCCUAGCGGUUGUGCUGAAGGAUACACAGGCCUUCGGUGUCUUGAUGUAUCUGUGAGAAGCGUGCCGUACGAGAUGUCCAGUGCUAUAGUACCUGUCCUGGUAUCCUGUAUUGUGACCUUGACCUUGUUAUUUACCGCCACAAUGGUAUACUUCCUGUUUCUAAGGCCACGCCAUGGCAGGUUCCUCAGCCGUUUCUAUAGACUUACCACUAGAAGUUUCCAAGAACCCGAAGCUCAUGUUUACGAGCAAGUAUUGAAUGGGCCAUGGGAAUUGAAUAAAUACAACUUGAUACUGACAACUGAAAAACUGGGGCAUGGUCAGUUUGGCAUGGUGAAAAAAGGAUAUGUGAAGAAGGACAGGGACAAUCGGAUCAACGUGGCAGUCAAAUCUCUUAAAUCAACUGCUUCAGAGAAGGAUAAAACCGAUUUCAUCAAUGAACUGAAUAUAUUGAAGAAGGUCGGUCAUCAUCCAAACGUUGUGUGUUUGGUGGGCGCUUGUCACAUUCAAGGAACAAUGUACGUUGCUAUGGAAUAUGCAAAGAAUGGUGAUUUAAGGAGUUAUCUUAGAAAAAUCCGGAAGGGCAAAUUUCAUAUUUACGACAACACAAGGUCUAUAACACCGGUACAGAAUUCUGUUCUCCUGAAAUUUGCAUUGGACGUGGCAUCAGGUCUCAACCACUUGGUAGAGAAACAGAUCAUCCACCGAGAUGUAGCUGCUAGGAACGUGCUCCUGGAUGACAAUCUGAUCGCCAAGGUGGCAGACUUUGGUCUGUCCAAACACGACGACACCUACAUCAAAACUUCAAAUACAAGAGUUCCAGUACGAUGGCUGGCACCGGAAUCUCUCUUCAAUGCCACAUAUACCACACAGAGCGACGUAUGGUCGUUUGGGAUACUGUUGUGGGAGAUCUUUUCUUUGGGCGGUACACCAUAUCACGGUCUAGAGACACAGCAGAUGUGUAACCUCCUAAAACAGGGAUUCCGACUUCGGCGACCAAAGAAGUGUGAGCCAGCCAUGUAUGCAAUGAUGCUACAGUGUUGGAAUGAAAGGCCUAUGAGCAGACCACAAUUUUCGGAAUUAUGUAUGAGAUUACAACGUAUGGUAGAAGACAGCCAGAUCUAUAUGAACCUGGAUGUGAACGAAGGGAAUCAUUAUGCUGAAAUCGACAGUGUACGGUAGUGACGGUACAUAGUUGUGUACGCUUUGUGAUAUUUCUGUGCUCCCGGCGAUUUCUGUUGUUUCUGUGAAAUUCAUACAUGUUUUCAGUGAAAUAAUUACAGACAUGGAGCGAUGCUCUUUGGGCCAUGAUAUACAGGUUACAACUGAAAGUUUAUACAACACUUAACUACAUGGAGCAGUAAAGCCAUAACACCUGAACGCCUGCCACCAAUUCCUCUUUGUAGCCAUAUUUGGCAGUAUUCAACAUGGUUACACUUGAUUAGAAUCAGAAUUUUUUUUUUUUAUAUAUAGCUGUGUUGUGUCAACUAUUUGAACGAUUUUCAUCACUUUGAUAUACCAUACUGUUUCGGAUUCAUCGUUAAGCAUAUUGUUGUUAUUCUUUAACUAAGAGCUACUUUGUCCAAGUCCUUUCUGAAACCAAUCCUUAAAUGACCUCAAAGAUUAUACACGAGUCUCGAUGAUGAAGGUCAUCGCUGAAAUGGUAUACCACUGUGAAUGUUACGAGUCAUGAAGUAAAAGAGGUGCUUCCACACCAUUCAUAGGCUGACAGAACUUCUUCAGAAAACUUGAUACCACUACAUCGGUGUCCAGGUACACAUCCCUAGUGGUGCAUCAGGAUGUUACAUUCUCUAUCUUCCCUGUCAGUAAUCUGAAUGGUGCCUCAGACUCUGCUAAUUUUCGUAUUUAAUUCAGACACAGAAUAAUUUCAACAGAGAAAUGGUUGUACAUAAUUAUAUAUUCUUUAUUUCAUUAUAAUCCUAAUGUAAUAUUUUGUAAAUGAUAUAAAUUUAUUUAUUUAUCUUAUGCUGGAAUUAUACAGAGUAAUUUCAUUGGUAAAGGAUCAAAAUACAACAUAUUUUACCAGAUGCUAUUUUAUUAGCCCAGGGUUCAUGUUUCGAAAUAAAAUUAUUUCCUUCUCAA